ACGACGCACUAAAAAGACACAGAGCCCACUCUACUCCUCCUCUCUUCUGCACCCCAUCAUACUCACCACCACUCUACCCAUCCGUCCCGAAAGGAAAGCUUUCAAAAACAUUUGCUCCGAUUUACAAUUUGCUGAGCAAUAGCGGGCAUGCCACGCUGCGACCGAAACAAGGAUUCGAGGAGAACAUGGAAAAAUUGCCUUCACUUUUACAAAUGCACUUUAUAUUUAUUKAUCUUUAGUCUGGAACUAAACAGCAGCGUUUCAGAGCCUGUGAAUGGUGAUGUGUUUGUGUUCUUCCACGAGGGGGCUCAGGGCUGUCUAGGGGUGCAGGGUCACUCCCUGUCCCUGUCCGAGUCCUGCGAGGAUGGCGCCCAGAAGUGGAAGUGGGUGACCCGGGGCCGGCUCUUCAACCUAGGCUCCUCUCUGUGCCUGGGCCUGACAACAGGCAACUACAGCUCCAGGGAGGAUGUCUCACCGCUGGGCGUCUACCCCUGUGACAGAGAGCCUCCAGGGGUCCGAUGGACCUGGUACUGUGCCCAUGUGUUGGAGAACCUCAACCUGUACCUGCCGUCACCCUCGCAUCCUGUUAACCCCUCCGCUAACUCCUCAGUGGUGGCCUGGGAUGUCAAGCCCCCACGAGAGGGGCUCAAGUGGAGGCUCUUUGGGGACGAUCAGGACCUGUGUUCUAGGACCUAUCGUGGUAAGGAGAAGAGCUUCUGCUUCUGGUUUACAAAGUCAUUCUAGUGGAUUACAAAGGGU